AGCAAUAUGGCAGCCUCGGAGUGACCGGGAGCGGCGGAAGCCAGAGCUUGUGUGUGAUCACACUGGGGGUCCACUUCUUACCAACAGAAUGAAUACAGAAAAGGACUUUACACCGCUUACCACCAACAUUGUACGAGCUCUCAAUGACAAGCUGUACGAGAAGAGGAAGGUCGCUGCCCUGGAAAUUGAGAAAUUGGUGCGAGAGUUUGUAGCACAGAAUAAUACUGGACAAAUCAAACAUGUAAUCCAAAUCCUGUCACAGGAGUUUGCUCUGUCACAGCAUCCUCACAGCCGCAAGGGUGGGCUGAUUGGUCUUGCAGCCUGCUCCAUUGCUCUUGGCAAGGAUUCCGGCUUGUAUCUGAAGGAACUGAUUGAACCAGUUCUGAUGUGUUUCAAUGAUGCUGAUAGCCGAUUGCGUUACUAUGCCUGCGAGGCUCUGUACAACAUUGUGAAAGUGGCAAGAGGCUCGGUCCUUCCACACUUCAAUGUCCUGUUCAACGGUCUUAGCAAGUUGGCUGCAGAUCCAGAUCCAAAUGUCAAAAGUGGCUCUGAGCUACUGGACCGGUUAUUAAAGGACAUUGUCACGGAAAGUUCAAAGUUUGAUCUUGUGGCCUUUGUACCUCUCUUGAGAGAACGAAUAUACUCCAACAAUCAGUAUGCCCGGCAGUUCAUCAUCUCUUGGAUCCUUGUUCUGGAAUGUGUUCCUGAUAUCAACCUGCUGGACUACUUGCCGGAAAUCCUGGAUGGGCUCUUUCAGAUCUUGGGAGACAACAGUAAAGAGAUCCGUAAAAUGUGUGAGACAGUCCUCGUUGAAUUUUUGAAGGAGAUCAAGAAAAACCCUACGAGUGUCAAGUUUGCAGAAAUGGCCAACAUCUUGGUCAUCCAUUGUCAAGCCUCUGAUGAUUUGAUUCAGCUGACUGCAAUGACAUGGAUGAGGGAGUUCAUUCAGUUAGCUGGCCGUGUGAUGCUGCCCUAUUCUUCAGGAAUUCUGACUGCCGUACUGCCUUGCCUCUCCUAUGAUGACAGGAAAAAGAGUAUCAAAGAGGUGGCAAAUGUGUGUAACCAGACUCUGAUGAAGCUGAUCCUACCUGAGGAUGAUUGUGACAAUAUCCGUCAGGUGUCACAGCCGCCACAGGAUGGCAACACUGAUGCAGACUCGAGCUGCAAGAACUCCUCCGACGAGCUGAACACGUACCAGAACUUGGCCACCAGCAACAACAGUGGUGCAUGCGUCAUCAUUGACUGUUCUCGGGAGACCCUGGACUUGGAUGGGAUUGUGAUGGUGCUGGAUCGCUACCUUCACGAUACAGUUACAGGGAUGAUGACACGAAUUGCUAUCUUGAAGUGGUUGUAUCAUCUUUAUAUCAAAACUCCUAGAAAGAUGUUCUGGCACACGGACGGACUAUUUCCCAUGUUGCUGAAGACUCUGUCUGAUGAGUCAGAUGAGGUGAUCUUGAAAGACUUGGAAGUGCUGGCAGAAAUUGCCUCAUCUCCAGCAGGUCAGACAGAAGGACACGAUUCAAGUGAAAGCAUAAGCACCCAAAAUAGGCAGUCAGAGCUGCACGUUCUUACUUCAUCCUCCCCACAACUGAACUCUUCAAAGCCACGCACAUUGGAAUGCUCUCCCUCGACUCCCACCAUGAACUCUUACUUCUUCAAGUUCAUGAUCAACUUACUGAAGCAGUUCAACAAUGAGAAAAGUCUGCUGGAAAUUCGAGGGCCUUUUAUCAUCCGGCAACUAUGUCUCUUGUUAAAUGCUGAGAACAUUUUCCAUUCCAUGGCUGAAAUCCUGCUUCGGGAAGAAGACUUGAAAUUUGCUUCAACCAUGGUCCAGACUCUGAACUCCAUCCUCUUAACAUCAACUGAACUCUUCCAACUUCGAAACCAGCUGAAGGACCUGCACACAAUGGAAAGCUGCAAUCUGUUCUGCAGCUUGUAUCGUUCCUGGUGUCACAACCCUGUGGCCACAGUCUCCCUCUGCUUCCUCACACAGAACUACAAGCAUGCCUAUGAUCUCAUUCAGAAAUUUGGGGAUUUAGAAGUGACGAUAGAUUUCCUGACCGAAGUGGACAAGCUGGUGCAGUUGAUCGAGAGUCCAAUUUUCACAUAUCUGCGGCUGCAACUCCUUGACGUUGAGAACAAUCCCUACCUGAUCAAGGCCCUGUACGGACUUCUCAUGCUUCUGCCUCAGAGCAAGGCAUUCCAGCUGCUCUCCCAACGCCUGCAAUGUGUACCCAACCCCGAACUGAUGCGAGCCACGCCCAGUGAGAAGUCCACGACCGCCAACAGGCAAGUUCCUUCAGAAAUCGACUACAACGAACUUCUACAACACUUUGAGAAGGUGCAGAACAAACACCUGGAGGCCAGGCACCAACGAGCAGGUCGCAAUGAUCAGCUGGAGAGGAAGCUGCCCUUGUGAGACUGGACUCCAGCCACACUUGACUGUCGGAUUUCCAGUUGCCAAAAGUAUGGAGCCAGUUUAGUCAGGCUGAUCCACUACUUUUGCAAUGUAUAUCCCUUCACCACUACAUAUAUUCACUGCACAUAGGUUGGCCAAUAUUCCCCUGUUGAUUUAUAGUCCCAGGAGACUUUCACAAUAUAGUGCCCAAUGCAUCCCCAUUGACCCAUGUAGUUCAUCCUUCACACUUCCUCUGCUAUCCAGCCUGUGUACAAUAGUCUUUUCAUAGAGUUCAUUACCUCUUAUUCAUCAUUAAUUCACACGUUGCUUGGCCGAUUUCCCUUUCAUAUUUCAGAUCAAUAUCCUCAUUCCACAUACAGGACCAAUGGUGUUAGUUGAAUUCAGUAAUGUAACCCCCUUUGUCUGUUUUAUUGUGCUGCAGUGCACUUAUGAAGCCUUGUCGGCAGCGUCUUGAGCAGAGUCAGUUUGUUCCUGGUGCUCAUGACUGGUUUUGGCCAACAGAGUCAUGAUCCAUAGCUUGAAAUGGGGAGGGAAACUCUUCUCAGGUAAAGAUCAUGCAGGGACAUUGUUGAAAGGAACAGAACAUCUCACAACCCAUCAUUCGAGAUACUUGAUGCAGAUGUCAAUGUCACACUGCUAGAGAUUAAGCAGGUGCAUUUUAACAGAAAAUGAUUUUGUAAAGAAAACAAAGAAGAUCCAUCAAGUUAAAUGGAAUGAAACAAAAGAUGUUCUCUCAUUACAACUGACAAUGGUCAAAGUACACUUAGUUCAUACCCUAAGUGUGUCACGUUAAAAUGAAGUAUUUGUAAAUUUGGACAAUUUGAUCAUUUCAAAAUUAAUAUCUGUGCACAAGAUAGAAUAAUAUUUAAAAAAACACCGAAUCGUGAAAUCUGCAGAGUGCUCAAGUAGUGCAAAGCUGAAGUAAUAUCUUCCCAAAGCAGAGCUGGGGAAUGGCCAAACACCUUGUUGCACCAUUAAAGCUCCCACCACACCACUCCUUGUUUCCCAAGCUUCAAUGCUAUUUAUUCACAAGACUGCUGAAUGCAAUGUAACUGCAUCCUGUCUUAAUUGACCCCUGCACUAAGAGUUGUUUGGGAGAAGGGUGUAUGACAGGAGAGCAAUAUUGAAUAUUGAAGUUCUUGCAACAUUUUUUAAAUUGCUUGUCUGUUACUGCUGUUUAUAUUCUGCAGGCCUUCAGUGGCUUGUGUUUUAGUUGGUGACCUCGACUUACUUGUACCGGUCUGGGAUCAAUGGAGGACUUGCACACAAGUCAGUAAUUGGAUUAGAUAUGCACUGAAUGUAAUUGCUUUUACCUUUGUUUAUUCCUUUUAUAUAACAGAGUAUAUCUUGACACUUCCAGGGGUGGCAUUCUAAUUUACUCAUAAAGUGCAGCAAAAUGUCUCAGAAAUGCCUGACAGAAACCACUCAACCAUACUCAUCUAUGAAGGGCUGUAACUGUUGCAGGAAUGUUCCUCUGGCCAAAUGCUGUGAUUGGAGGAAGUUACAUAAGACACCGCAGAAAACCAAUUUCAACAUUAGAGCAGCAAAUUUGAUUGUCAGGAUGUUUAUCCAAACACAGCAUAGAAACAUAGAAAAUAGGUGCAGGAGUAGGCCAUUCGGCCCUUCGAGCCUGCACCGCCAUUCAGUAUGAUCAUGGCUGAUCAUCCAACUCAGAACCCUGUGCUUGCGUUCUCUCUAUACCCCCGAUCCCUUUAGCCACAAGGGCCAUAUCUAACUCCCUCUUAAAUAUAGCCAAUGAACCGGCCUCAACUGUUUCCUGUGGCAGAGAAUUCCACAGAUUCACCACUCUCUGUGUGAAGAAGUUUUUUCUCAUCUCAGUCCUAAAAUGCUUCCCCUUUAUCCUUAAACUGUGACCUCUCGUUCUGGACUCCCCCAGCAUCAGAAACAAUCUUCCUGCAUCUAGCCUGUCCAAUCCCUUUAGAAUUUUAUACGUUUCAAUAAGAUCCCCCCUCAAUCUUCUAAAUUCCAGUGAGUAUAAGCCUAGUCAAUCCAGUCUUUCUUCAUAUGAAAGUCCUGCCAUCCCAGGAAUCAAUCUGGUGAACCUUCUUUGUACUCCCUCUACGGCAAGAAUGUCUUUCUUCAGAUUAGGGAACCAAAACAACACACAAUACUCCAGCUGUGGUCUCACCAAGGCCUUGUACAACUGCAGUAGAAUCUCCCUGCUCCUGUACUCGAAUCCUCUUGCUAUGAAUGCCAACAUACCAUUUGCCUUUUACACCGCCUGCUGUACCUGCAUGCCCACAUUCCAUGACUGGUGUACAAUGACACCCAGGUCUCUUUGCACCUCCCCUUUUCCCAAUCAGCCACCGUUCAGAUAAUAAUCUGUUUUCCUGUUCUUGCCACCAAAAUGGAUAACCUCACAUUUAUCCACAUUAAAUUGCAUCUGCCAUGAAUUUGCCCACUCACCUAACCUAUACAAGUCACCCUGCAUCCUCUUAGCACCGCUGCCCAGCUUCGUGUCAUCAGCAAACUUGGAUUGCCUCGUCUAAAUCAUUAAUAUAUAUUGCAAACAACUGGGGUCCCAGCACUGAGCCUUGCGGUACCCCACUAGUCACUGCAUCUGGCAAUGUGUGAGCAGAUCUUCAUCUGAAACCUUUUUUCAAGCAUAUCACAGGAAGCAUGACUAAAUCACCUCAAAACAAAUUGAUCCUUGCUCUAACUAAAUAUUUCUAACUGAAUUGACUCCCAGUUUAUAACGGGAAAUAUUUGAAGUGCAGAAAUGCUAGAUUUAAAGACAAAACUCUUGACAUUGAGAGGAUGGUGAUAUUAAGACUUCGUCCUUUCAAGUGCUGCCACUUUUAAUGGGCCAGUUAGCAUAAAACCUCUCCAGAGACAAGAAACAUGCAAAAAUCAAACACUGCCUCACAAAGUUGAAGCCCACAGUGGUUCAUGUCUGUGAGGUAUCCACUCGAGGUGGUCUCCAUCUUUCAUUGGCAGCAUGAAGUUGAUGUGGCUGUUGUAUCUCUGUUAUUUCUCAAAGUUUCUUCAAAAGCUGAAUAAUGUACAGUCGGUAGGACACACAAAAGCUGGCUGGUUGUCCUGGCGUCAUCAUCUUCACUCCCAUCUCUCUCCCAACUCUUCCUCCUUUUCCAUCUUCCCUUUCCCUGUCAAAAAUCAUGGAAGGAAGUGGCUGCUAAGCAAUUCUACGUGUGUCCAGGGACCACUCAGCUGACGCCGAUGGACAGGACCUUUCAUCUUUUUGUUACAAUGAAGCAACAAAAAUAGGAAUUCCUUUUAUAUACCUGUCACAAACUUAAAGCUGUUCACUGCCCUUCUUUAUAUAUUUUGGAAUCUGUCUCGUACUGGAGAAAAGUAAAUGUACAUCACUGAUUUAAUUCACACAGAUGUCAUGGCAGUACAGUUAAGACCUCACUUAAAAUACUUAAAUUUACAGAGACUCUGAAUAAAUCCAAACUCUCAUCUUAGAUUCCACCCCCCCCCCCCCACCCAUCCACCCAAUCUCUUUCACAAAUUCUGCACCAGUAUCACUUCACCUCAAGUGUUGAAGUGUUGUUCAUGAACAGGCUCUCUGCCACAGGUACUGCUCCUCUCUAUUUCAAACAGGACCUGUUCUGACCAUUUUGUUUAGCCCAGAGCAGGGUCUGGCUGCUUUAUGCUGAACUCUUUGUUUGUCAUGUCUGGCCAUAGUCCCAAUUUGUAUUUUGUAUUCCCUGAGAUCCAGCAUUGUCCAUAGGUCCGCAUUGUUUCUUUGUGUGUUUGCAUGAUACUGAACUGGAUGGAGCUUAUUCGACUGCACAGGUCUGACGCAGGUCAGUAUCACAUUGCACACUGAGUUGAAGGAGGGUUUCAUUACCCCACUGCACUCACCCCUGAUGAAAGUGGAACGUUGGAGACCAUGUUACUCGUUGUGUAACAUUCACUGAGUAUAGGAGUGUCCCCCUCCCAAUAUUCAUCAGAGUAGGAAGAACUCAGGGCUCUGGCCGAAGCUGGCACGUUGAAGGAAAGGUGAGUGCACCUCACUGGUUGCAAGGAAUCCAAUGGUAUGCGUUGUUGCGGUAACGUCCUAUGAAUUUGCCAUUUGCACUGAUGAAAAGGAGUGAUGUGGAUUGAAGCAAAUGGAGGGAGUGUUUGCCUGUACUUGAGAGCUCUAACUGAAUGCCCAGUUGAUACACCAGUAGCUAGUUAUAGCAAAUCACUUGCCUUAAUUGCACUGAAGGUGGAUUACAAAUUUGUCAUAAACCUCUUUGAAAACUAAAGAGUAAGAACUAAUCAUGGCCUCAGAUUGUAAAUAAAGGCAGCAUGUCCACUGAAUCAACAUUAUUCUUGUUUACAAAGAGACUUGUCAUUUGAAUUUAAAAUUGAAAUAAACUUGAGU